ACCCGGCUCCUCCCUUGCCCCCCACGCGCCGGACGCCGCCACCAAGCUCCCUCCCUGCGGCUAACCGAAAGCUCCACGGGAGUUUGCGCCACCAGGCGGCGCGAGGCUCCUAGCAGCUGGAGGGGCGCGUGGCCUCCAGGGGGCGCGCGUGCCUCGUGAGCAGGGAGCAACGUCUGCCUGCCUUGCACCGCCUCCGCUUCCGGGAGAACCGUUACCUGGCAACGCGAACGGAGGCAGAACAGGUUGGGCAGUCCGGGUCUGUGAGAGGGGAAGAGGCGAGUGCGGACGGGCGCAGAACAAGAUGAGACAAGGCGGUGGACACAGGAAGGACUGCGGGGACAGCAGCGGCGGGAGCAGGGGGCAGGAGACGGACCCCCUGCCGAUCUCCGGGGCCCUGGCCAGCUGCGAGGAGGCAGGACAGGAUAAUUAUACAUCAGGAACAGAAGGUCAAAUCCAACCGCAAUCAGCACUAAAAAUCCUUCAACAACAGCUGAAAUCAUUUCAGGCACUUCGGCAACAGACUUUGCUGAAUGUUAAUAUGGUACAAUCUGAAAUCAGUGAGAUACUGAAUAAAAAUAUAAUUGACGUCAAAACUCCACAGUGUAGCCCAGACAAGCUUCUGAUGACCAGCACACCUCCUGAGAUGGCUAUGCCUACGGGGAGUCCAGAAACACCAUUGUCUAAGAAGAAAUUUCAUCUUGAUAAGAAACUCUGUAGCACUCAAUCUGUGGAAGCAGAUUCUAAUAUUAUCUUUGGAAAUGUGGUCAGUGAUGUAAAUAUUUCACAUCAGAUUUCAUUAAAAGCUGUAACAACUGGAAAGAUUGAAAACUCAGUAGAACCAAUUAAAAACAAAACUAUGAUUGCUCUAAAAAAUGAUUGUAAAUUGAAGGAUUAUGCCAAAUAUGAAUGUUUUCUACCUUGUACUAAUUUGGAGGCUGAAAGUAUGGUGCCUCCUAAUGAGAAAGUAAUUUUGGAUGAAUCUAAAGCUCCGGUGCCUCUUCUCAAAUAUAGUGAUGAACAUCAUUUAAUAGACAACUUUAGCUAUUCUAUCAAGCCAUUGAAAGAAGAACUUCAAAAGUCUCAUGAACAGGAACUAGCACAUGCAUUUGGACAUCAGAAUAUUUCUUGUAGUCAAAGUAAUGUUUUUGAUGAUAUGUCAGAACAAGACCAAGAAAAAUCUGCUAUUUUUUUAUCUAGAGAGAAAUUACAUGUGGACUUAACAUCAAGGAAAAUUUCAGAAUCUGAGGAAUCGGCAGACAGUUUGCAUGUUGCUCUGGUUUCCCUUAAAGGAAAUAAUCUGAGUCUUGGUCAAGAAUUUAAUAAAGACUCUGAAUGUGACAGCUCACAGAAUUCUUCACAUAUAACUACAUGCAGUACACAAACAGAAACUGAAACCAAGAAUAAAAACAAAGAAUUGCAUAGCACUGACAGUGGUGUUGGCAUGUUCCAGUUAAAUGUCAUUUCUAAAACAGUAAAAGAUAAAUUACUAAUGUUCGAUCACAUAGAGAAACUACAGAAAGAAAAAGAAAAGCAGCUGCAAAUCAUAAAUCAAAGGUUACUAAAGCUUGGAAAUCAGAACUUCUGUGAAAUCAGAGCUGAUGAGUACACCACAAAAAUGGAAGAGUUACAAAAUUCCCUGAAAGAUUCUAAACACUUGCAAAAGAAAGUGAUGGAACUUGAGAAUGAAAAUGUAACUCUCAAGUCAAAAAUGAAACCUCUUACUGUUAUCAUAAGGUCUCUAAGAGAGAGAAAUUCACAGUAUGAGAAGCAAAUUAAGGAUUUAGUUGAAGAAAAGAAAAGCAUGCAAGUCAGGUUAGUUAAAUCAGAAGGAGACAGCAAAGAAUGUAUUAAAGAAGUGAAAAAGUUGUUAAAGAAAUGCAAAGAACUUCAAGACCAAAAGAAAACUCUUGAGAGAGAGAGGAGUCAACUCUGUAGUGAAAACCAAUGUAUGAUGCAAGCAUUAGAUGACUUCAAAAUUAAUAACCAGAAAGCACAAGAAAAUAUGAUUGCUGUUGUCGGUGAAAAAGAUAGGCUCUUUGCGGAACUAGAAUCUUUGCAAAAGGAAUCUUCAGUGUUGCAAGAAGCAAAUCAGAAACUAGAGAUAAAAACAUCCCAGCUUGCAAAAGAAAAGAACUCACUUGAAAAAGAACUUGAAAAAAAUCAGAUUGAAAUACGACAACUGAAAGAAAAAGAAAAUGUAAUGAAAUCUGAACAGGAGACUCUUGUUCACAUAAUGCAAUCACUUAAAGACAAAAAGCUUGAUCUUGAAAUGACAUUACAAGCAUGUGCUAAUGCUAGACAAACAAUGCAGCAGGCUCUUGAGAAGGUCCAAUCAGAUAAAGCUUACACAGAGGAGAAACUCUUGACCGAACUUCAAAAUACAAAAGCGGAAAGGGAUAUUUUGAAGACUAACUUGUUAAACAUGAACAGAGAAUGGGAGAAUUUAUCAACAGUGGUGGCAAAUAUCACAGAGGACAAUCAGGUUCUUAAAAAAAACCUGCAGGAAUGUAAACAAGAUACUUACAAAUAUGAAAAUAACAUCAGAACAUUGAAUGAAGACCAUUUACUAAUGGAAAACCAUCUGCGGACAAUAGAAAAUGAAAGGGAUGUAUUACAGUUUGAAUUUCGCCAUCUCCAUAAGGAUUAUGUUAAUCUAAGGGACCAAAUUACUGUUCUGGUUAAUGAGCAGCAUAAACACAGUUACAUUUCAGGCAAGGAAAAAUAUCACUCCAUGUAUUCCACUGAAAUUUGUGAAGAAAUUUCUGAUUACAGGUAUACAGCUUUAGAAUCCAAUCCACAAGAGAAUGGAAAGAUUGCUGAAAUACGAAAGAAGCUAGAAGAGGAAGAGUUACAAAAAGAUAAGAUGCACAGGGAUGUAAAGAAACACCAUAGUGCUAUUUCAGUCAGCUGCACUACAUCUGUAAUCAUGGAGUCAAGUUUUAGAACUGCAGUCAAGAAGACAUACAGUACAGUUUGCUCUGCUAUCUAGUGAUUUUGAAUCUAGAGAGUUCAGCAAUGAUGAAUGCCUCCAAAUUACUGGCCACAUAUCUUUCUGAUAUUUCCUAUGAAGAUGAUACCAAAACUUCAAAGGACAGCACUAUCACUAAUACUUGUUCAAUAAUAUAAAAACUUCGAAAUUAAAAAAGAAAUGAACCAUGCUUGAUGUCUGUGGACUUGGAAAACACCAAAACUGCCAUAUCAAUUAAAAUAUAUAAAUGCUAGGAGGCUCUGUCCUACAGUAACUUUACUCAGGCAAAGCCUCUAUUGAUCUCAAUGGUUAUUUUGCCUAAGUAAGGACUGAAAGACCUGGCCAAUACAUUACUUUUCAUUUGCAUACUAUUAAAUGUUGAAAAACGUCAUGUUCAGUCUCAAUUUUAUUUACUUUUUUUUUUUGGCUAUUACUCAGUGAAUAACAAAGUAGUAGGAUAGCCCAAGAAUACUUUUGGUACUAAAGUGAGUCUUCUAAUACAUGUUAACAUAAAAACAUUAUCUUCGUGUAACAAUUUUGUAUAUCUAAAUGUUCAAGUUGGAUACUUUGUGGAUUUUUGUAAUAAUUUAGCUUUGAUACACUUACAAACUGUUCUAUACCUGGGAGCUUAUAGAGACAAGGUGGGAGAGGAAAUAAUCGUUUAUUGAACCAACUUCUGUUGGUGAGAGAGACAAGCUUUCUGUGUGGUUUGAAAGCUUGUCUCUCUCACCAGCAGAAGUUGGUCUAAUAAAAAAUAUUACCUCACCCGCUUUGUCUCACGUAUAGUCUGGGACUGACAUGGCUACACUGCAUUGGACCUUAUACCAAUUCCAGGUGAAUUAUGUUAAGAAAGGGUUAAAGUUUGUGUGGUCUCAGUUUAUAAGAAACUGAUUUUUUAAGACACAACAGAUUUUUUUCAGUUUUUUCCCCUUAAUGGAAGUGAAGCCAAACUGCCCUUAAGAAAGCUAACAGCACCUUAUGCUGUCAAGAGACAGAGAGAGGAGCACUGUGAAGUGCAGAUGAAUGGAGAUGGUGGCCAUGUUUGCUAUGACAGGUUGUGGCCUCAGUCCCUUUUGUAAACAAUGGGAGAUGGUGUCUAUUUUGAGAAGGCCAUCUUAACAGAAGGCGUAUUCUUUUGAAGAAGACAAUCCAGAUACAGUAAUGUAUUUUGGCUUGGUUAAGAUGAACAUCAAUCUUUAUUCUUUCUAAAGGGAAACCAUACCUUUACUUUAGGCAAUAUUUUAUCUCUGAUUAAUAAAUAUUGAUGUUCAUCUCAGAAGUGGUAAUUGCUACUUAUUGAUGCCACCAUCAUAACAUUUAUAUAAAAACUUAAAAUCUAAAAUACUUUUUGGUGUGUAUAUUUGACGUAUAAACCUCUCCAACAAUACAAGUAAACUAUAAAAUUUGUAUUAGUAUAGUUUAAUUUCACACUUUAAACAUAUAUUUGUACAUAAUGU